GUUUUGCUUUUACUGAAAGGGCUGUGGCAAUGGGUGGAAGGACACGUUCCUUCCUCCCUCUCUUUCUGUCUUCCUUUCUUAAUGAACUCCAUGUUGUGGACUCGCCAGCGAGUGUCUAAGGGGCGCUGAUUAGAUGACUGUUUGAUCCCUUGCAGAUCAUGAUUCUGGAAGGAAGUGGUGUAAUGAAUCUCAACCCAGCCAACAACCUUCUCCACCAGCAGGCAGCCUGGACGGACAGCUACUCCACAUGCAAUGUUUCCAGUGGCUUUUUUGGAGGCCAGUGGCAUGAAAUCCACCCUCAGUACUGGACCAAAUACCAGGUGUGGGAAUGGCUGCAGCAUCUCCUGGACACCAACCAGCUGGACGCCAGCUGCAUCCCUUUCCAGGAGUUUGACAUCAGCGGAGAACACCUGUGCAGCAUGAGCCUGCAGGAGUUCACGAGGGCAGCAGGCAAUGCUGGGCAGCUGCUCUACAACAACUUGCAGCAUCUCAAGUGGAAUGGCCAGUGCAGCAGUGACCUUUUCCAGUCCACACACAAUGUCAUUGUCAAGACUGAACAACCAGAUCCUUCCCUUAUGAACACGUGGAAAGAAGAGAGCUAUCUCUACGAGCCCAGCUAUGGUAGCACAGUAGAUCUGUUGGACAGUAAAACUUUCUGCAGGGCCCAGAUCUCCAUGACAACCUCCAGUCACCUUCCAGUUGAGUCACCUGAUAUGAAAAAGGAACCAGACCACCCCGUAAAGUCCCACACCAAAAAGCACAACCCAAGAGGGACUCACUUAUGGGAGUUCAUUCGGGACAUUCUGCUGAGCCCAGACAAGAAUCCAGGACUGAUCAAAUGGGAAGACCGUUCCGAAGGCAUCUUCAGGUUCCUGAAGUCAGAGGCUGUGGCCCAGCUGUGGGGGAAGAAGAAGAACAACAGCAGCAUGACCUACGAGAAGCUCAGCCGGGCCAUGAGAUACUACUACAAGCGAGAGAUUCUGGAGCGCGUGGACGGACGACGGCUGGUCUAUAAAUUCGGGAAGAACGCUCGUGGGUGGAGAGAAAAUGAGAACUGAGGCUGCCGACCCUUGGGACACAAACCAAAAACACACAGCAAAUGGGUUAUGAUCGAUGAAGAACUGGACGUAAAUAUUUCAAAAGACUGCUGUUCAGUGAUAUUUAUGUACCAUGAAGGGACAAAAAACAUCUACUUCUUAUGGGAAGAACGAACACUACAGUUGACGAAAGCAAUUAUUUUGUUACGUUGAAGUAUGUCCUAUGUGGGGAGCCAAUGUACACAGUUUUCUGUGAACUCUGAAACUGUAUGUGGUUGUGAUUUGCUGUUGUCUCUGUUGUGAUGUUCUUUUCUUCCCCCAAGAACAACAGGGCCUGUAGCCUUGUGCUUCUUGCUAAGAGGAAGGGAAAAGAAAUACGAGGGCAUUAAAUAUUUGAAUUUACAAAAUGAUUUAGAAGAAAGAAGUUGAUGUGUUCUCUACACAGAAGCGUCCACGUGACCUCCUCAAGAGAAAUGGGAUUCAUCAGUAGGACAAAGUUCAGGGUCUCAGAUUGAUGGGAUCAACCCAAAGGAUGCUGGGAAAUUUAACUUGACUUAGUGAGUAGAGAGGGGGAGCUUCCAUAAGCCAGAGUAGCCUGUGAUCACUGCAUGAUUACAUGCCCGGGAAUGCUGAAUGAUGGUGCGGGAGGCUUUACUUUCAUUCAUGGAUGAUUUUCCUGUAUUCCCUUUACCCUUGGAUGGUUAAGAAGUCAUUGGCCACAUGUACUUACCUCUAGCUGUGUAGAAUUCAGCCCAACUUACUGAAAAAUAAUCAAGAAAGGGAGGUGGUGCUAUGGGAAUGAUGGAUGAGCAUGCUCUUGUUUCUGUAACUUAAGGUUUCUCCCUGGGAACAGUUGACGUUUGGGGCUUGUCCAUUCUUUGUGGUGGGGGUUGUACUGUGUGUUGUAAAAUGUGUAGCAACAUCUAUGACCUCCAUCGGUAUUUCAUUCCUGUGACAAUCCAAGUAUUCCUAGAAAUUGUCAAGUGUCUCCAGGAGGAUAAAAGUACCCUUGAGUGAGAACACCAAAUGAACCAGUCAAUAUAAAGGUAGUCAUUCAGGACAAAGAGAUUUAUAGAACCUUCCAGUCCCUAGAGUGAAGAUGAAGCAAGACCUUGAUGUCAAUAUAUUUUUAUUUUUUUAAAUAAUAGGGACAACAGGAUGUGAGAGAUGGAGGAGAUUCUUUUCAGAACACCACAUGAGAACCAAAGUCAGAUAAAUGCAGUGACCUAUCAGGAAGUACAAGAGGAAAUGUUUGCGCUGGGAAUGCAGAGAGAAGCUUAUACUGCAGAGGGAAAUACUGAGGAAAGAUUCUAUGGGUGUCUCUCUCUCUCUCAAUGUGUGUGUGUGUGUGUACGCACGUAUGUGGGUACGCACAUGCCUGUGUGCUUAUGUGUGUGUGGGCUGUGCGCCUCUGUGUGUGUGUGUGUGCUCAAGUGCCUGUGUGCUUGUGUGAGUGUGUAUGUGAGGUGAUGGUACUAGCCGCAUCUGCCUGUUUUCUCUCUGCUGUUCCUUGCAUAGUUUCCUCCUGCUUUGGUCUAGGGUGAUGAAGCCAUUCUCUGGGUUCACUUUCCACAAGCCUGUGAGUUUCUCGGAUUCCUGUAACUGGCUUUGGCUCUUUCUACAGCUUCUUCACCACAGAGCUAUCCUUGUCAGGAGAGUCUGGAGAGGACCGGUGGGAACAGUUCUGCAGAUAAAUAGAUUGUGCUGUUUGCCGAGAGUGACGGUUUCUUGGCACCCAGUGCCCACUCAAAAAGGCUGCAGCAUUGAGUGCUCUCAUAUCGACUUUCUUGGCUCUGCUGUGUUUUCUGUGUGCUGUUCACGACUUGGAGAACUCCAGGUAAUGAAGCUAUGCCAAUUUGGGGUGUAGCCGAGUGCUCCCCACCACAGUUAGAAAGAAACAAGAAAGCCCUACAGAGAAGCCCCUCUUUCUUUAAGGAAUAGUCACUUAAUUGAUAAGUUCAUCUGUGAUUAAUUGGCUAAAGGCUUACCUAAUAGAGUCUCCAUGAAUAUGCCUAAGUGUCCUAUUAGUGGUUUCCAUGGGAACCUAAGUCAAGUAAUGGAACAUUAAUACUUCAAAUGACUCAGAUCAUCGGAGGCUCCUAUAUGAUUUAAUAAAAUUAAGCAAGGCCCUGGACCCCAGCUUCUUCAGCAUGCUACCUGAGCAGGACAAACCCACGCCUACGAGAUUCACACACAGAGCCUUUCUUCAAGUUCCUGUCGGGCUGGACUGUAAGCCCUCUGAGGGCAGGGACCAAGUCUGACCACUUUUGUUCUCUUCUUACCUGGGAUGCCUUACCUGGAUAACUAUUCACUGAGCGAUUGGCAACCACCUUCGGGGAGAUUCCUCUGACUGGGCAGGCAUCAGUCAUGUUCCUAACCGGGAUGUGAAUCGCUUCCAGACCUCCAAAGACACGUCCUGUGUGGUGACUGGUUUACUGUGACGCUCUCCUCUGCCUCCUGCCUGUGCUGAAAAGACAUUCAAACAGGCUGCUUGGUUCCACACACCAGUGUCUGCUGGAUGGCAAUUCUACUCCUUAUCCAGAGCUGUGAGACUUAAGCUGGUUACAAGAUGCCAGCAAUGAACCCUUGACCUAUUUAACCAAUGAAGAUUAUAAAUGUGUUUAUAUGAUGUCAGUUGCUAUUUAAGCAUAAAACCGUUCUCAGUUUUAGUAUUUAGGGGUUGGUUUUUAUUUUUUUUUCCUUUUCGAAAAACGCUGAGGAAUAUUUUGAUAAGGUUAGCCAUGCACAUUAGAUGUUAGUUUUGCAAGUGUGUCAUUUUUUUUAAAUGUAUAAAAUAUAAGAAAAGAGAGAUUAGUAAGAUGGAGGAGAAACUGCAUUAUUCUUCUGUAGUUUAAACAAAGCACCUGUUCGGUGCCCUGUGUAUUGUGGAGCAUCCCGUAUGUGAGGAGUGCACGUGAGGACGUAGGUGGUGGGAGACUCCUGAUCUGGACUGAUGGAGGAAUACUGUCCAUGAGACUGGAGCACCGUCCUGGCAACCUUAGGGUCACAGGUGAAUUGUCCUCAGCUGGGAGGCUCAAGAUUCACUUCUAGAAUAAAGGAGGCCAUUAAGAAAGCCAAAUUCCUUGGAACUGUGUCUCACAAGCUUUUGAAACAUGUAGACUUCAGAGUUUAGUUGAAUUGGGGUUAAUCAUUCUGUAGCUAUAAAUUUUAUUCUUGCCAUCUGGCGUCUGGGUUGGUAAUUGGUGGGCAACAACCCUACUGCCACUGUUCGGCUUUUUUGUUUUUUGUUUUUUUUAAGCAGAACCUUUCCCCCUUAAACUGUUAAAUCCAAGAAAUUUCUGUUUAAUGAAAGAAUUCUAUUUUUCAAUAAUAUGUUUUUAUUUGUUUGUUUGAUGGGUCCCAGAAAACACUAAUAAAAUCCACAGAGACA